CUUCCCACUCCCUCUCUGAAAUCUAGGGACAAUCUGCAAGCACUCAACACCGGCACAGAACUCUGUUAGCAGGGAAGACUGAGGUAGUUGGACAGAGAGAGAGAGGUUUGGAGAGGUAAAGUGCAGAUGAAGAGACAAAAGUUUGGAUGAGAAGAAAAAAAACAAGAAGAAACAAAUAGUAAAAAAGUUGAAGAGGAGAAAGAGAAAAAAUAAGAAAAAGAAAAAGCGAGGAUUUGAAAAGUGAGCUGUGGAGAGUGAACUAACAAUGGGCUCCCCAGUGUGCUGUGCUGCUGCUGUUGUCGUCUCACUACUGGGUCUCCUCUACUAUAGUCCCCCUGUAUGGGGCCAGGAGCUACAGGAGAGGGACGCUCUGUGCAAUGAGGACGGCUGCUUUGUGGUCUACUUUCAGCGCAAGACCUUCCUGGACUCCUGGAGGAGUUGUAAGGAGAAGGGAGGCAACCUGGCCACAGUCAAACUCCAAGAGGGGGCUGACACUAUCGCUGCUCUCUUCUCCAGCGUGGAGCUACGGGGCCCCAGAACCAAGGUCCGGGUGUGGAUUGGUCUCCAGAGACAGCCUCGCCAGUGUACCGCCUCUCGCCCUCUCCGUGGGUUCUCCUGGAUUACGGGUGACCAGGAUACCCAGUACACCAACUGGCUGAGGGAUGACUUACCCAGUACCUGUUCGGCCCCGCGCUGUGUGGUUAUGACUUAUGGCACAGCCGCCCACGAGCAGCAUGAGAAUUUUAAAUGGCUGGACGGCUCGUGUUCGGUGCCCGUGGAUGGCUACUUGUGCCACUACACCUACAAGGGCAUGUGCCCGGCUAUUUGGAGCGAGGGGGGCGGAAAUGCCCUCUAUAGUACCCCCUUCAGUCUCCUCAGUAGCCUCCUUACCCACGUCCCCUUCGGAUCUGUAGCCACGGUGCCCUGCCCGGGGGGCACCGAGGAGGAGCAGUCAGUGCUGUGUAUGCGGAGGGAGGAUGGCACUGUGGGGUGGUCCAGGGAGACGCCCCUCUGCUCCGACACCACAGAGAAGAGCUGGUGUGAUCGGGACAACGGAGGCUGCGAGCAUUUCUGCCAGGAGGCCAGGGAACACUACUACUGUGAGUGCUCGGACGGCUUUCAGCUCGGUGACGACGGGCAGACAUGUGUUGCUGUCGACCCGUGCCACAGCGCCCCCUGCGAGUUCGAAUGCCUUCCCCUGUCGGGCGGCUACCGCUGUGCCUGCCCCGAAGGCUACAUGCUAGCCCCGGAUGAGCGUGGUUGCCUGGAUGUAGAUGAGUGCCUGCAGAGUCCCUGCGAGCAGCUGUGCGUCAACGCCCCGGGGACCUUCGAGUGCCGCUGCCGCCAGGGCUACCGGCCGGACCAGGAGGGCGACUGCGAGGACGUGGACGAGUGCAUGGAGGACCCCUGUGAGCACGCCUGCGAGAACACGCCUGGCUCUCACGUCUGCCACUGCCACCUGGGCUUCUCCCCCCUGCCUGAGGACCCCUCCCACUGCCAGGACACCGACGAGUGUCAGAUCCCUGGGACAUGUCAGCAGAUGUGUGUGAACUACGAGGGGGGCUUCGAGUGUUACUGCGAGGUGGGCUACGAGCUACUCUCUGACCAAUUCUCCUGCAGAAAGAUAGGGGAGGACUCACCCACCGCAGUCACGCCCUCGUACCCCUGGGUCACCCGUCAACCCGGUUCCAAGUGGGACCCCCAGCAGACCUACACCGACUGGCCCCCGGAGGAGGAAGAGUCCCUGGACUGGCUCACAGACCCUCCCAGACUGGAAAGUGACAUCAUCUGGGUCACCAGCGCACCCCAGGAGGAGCCAGUCCUACACCACAACCCAUUCCUGUCCCCCCCCACGGAAGAGCCCGAGGAGGAGGAAGAAGAGGAGGAGGAGGAAGAAGAGGAGGAGUAUACACCCGGCUGGGACAUCAUGAAUUGGAAUGUCCCAGCCAAGGUCCAGCCAGAGUUGGAACCCACGCCCAGUCUCUCUCCCAGCCCCACAUCUUACACAACCCCCACCCCAACUCCCACAUCUGACAGGUAUUGGUUUGAGGAGGAUGAGGAAACCACUGCCAGUCCCUCAGUCCUCCCCACCUCCACUAUCUCGGGAGGGGCCUGGAACUGGUUCUGGAUCAGUUCCACCCCCACCAGCCAGGACCAAGGACUUACCACGCGGCAGGAGCCAAUCACUGACCAGUAUGUCCCCGCAUCCAACUAUGAUGGAGCUGGUGAGAAUGAGGAAGUGGGGGGAAUUGACAAUGGGUGGGUGACAUCCCCCCCAGAGAUGGACCAGGACCCAGGCCAGCACACCCCCUCCCUGCCUUCUCCCCUGGCCCCUCAAACCCCCCUCACACCCGACCAGGGCGUGGUGGAGAGGGAGGAUGAGAGGGAGCCGCCCCAGGAGGACGUGGUCGAGGGGGAGGAUGAGAGGGGGCCGCCCCAGGAGGACGUGGUGGAGGUGGAGGGGGAGGAUGAGAGGGGGCUGCCCCAGGAGGACGUGGUGGAGAUGGAGGAGGAGAGAAAGGAUGAGAGGGAACCGCACCAGGAGGACGUGGUGGAGGGGGAGGAUGAGAGGGGGCCGCCCCAGGAGGACGUGGUGGAGGUGGAGGGGGAGGAUGAGAGGGGGCCGCACCAGGAGGACGUGGUGGAGAGGGAGGAUGAGAGGGGGCCGCCCCAGGAGGACGUGGUGGAGGGGGAGAGAAAGGAUGAGAGGCAGCCGCCCCAGGAGGACGUGGUGGAGGUGGAGGUGGAGAGGGAGGGGGGGGAUGAGAGGGAGCCUCCCCAGGAGGACGUGGUGGAGGUGGAGGAUGAGAGGGAGCCACCCCAGGAGGACGUAGUGGAGGUGGAGGAUGAAAGGGAGCCUCCCCAGGAGGAUGAGAGUAGCCAGAAGCAGGAUGGUGCCAACUGGCUGCUGGUAGGCCUCCUGGUGCCCCUCUGUAUCUUCAUCGUGGUGAUGGUGGCACUGGGCAUCGUCUACUGCACCCGUUGCGCUGUCACACCACGCAACAAGUCCGCCACCGACUGCUACCAUUGGAUCUCCGGGGCGCACAACAAGCAGGGCGCGCUCAAUCCCAGCAAGGGGAUGCAGUCACAUGUUUAAACAGACGAAAUAAGGAAAGACUUGUAGAUAAAUAAACUGGUUUUAUAAAUAAGAGGAGAGGAUGUGAAGAAGGUAAGAGAGGACUUGGGUGGUUGUUUUACUGUACGCGACUCCGUGAAACACUUGGAUGUUUCUGUGGAAUAUCGGUUGAAAGAGAAAAGAGAAGAGAAACAGGAAGCAAUACAAAAAAAAACACAGAUCCUUUUCUUGCGGUGAUUUGACAUUAUUGUUGCUUACGCUGAUCUCACAGGACAAGGUAUAUGAUCCCUAUAUGAUUGCACUAUAGGGUCAUAAUAGAAACCAUCUAUUGGGAUUGUUGUUGAAUACGUCCUCUGGUUAUAGUUACAGAUGCUGUGCGAAUACACUGUUAAUGUAUCACCAGUGCCAUCUGAAAUCCAAAGCCAAAGAACUAUACUGUAGCUUAUAGCAUUUUCUGUUGUCCAUGAAAUCUGGGUCUCUGCAUCUUUCAAACAAACGCUCAGGUUUUGAGCUCAUUCCCCAAAG